CAGGUUGCCGAAGGAUCUUCACAAUCCCCAUGUAUAAGGUUUCUGGAUCGGGAUAUAUGUGAAGAAAGCUUGGGCUCUAGAGAGACUACGGAAGGCUCAACCUCAAACUUUACGGUCUUUAAAGAUACAUCGCGUCGUUUUUGGGACGAAGCAGAGUCGAACGAUCUGCUGCCUCUUGCCUGUCUUCCUGAGUGCCUCGACCGGCUGGCUGGCAGAUUACCUGCAUCACCUUCACAAGCCACUUCGUCUGCUACCUCAGGAACGCUGACGAGUCUAAGGAUGCGUGAGAACAUCAUCGUUACUAGGAGUCUGUCUUUGGGCGAUGAAGAGCGAAAAUAA